UCUGUGAUCUUUUCUUUUGCAUGCUGAAUAAUUCACAUAGAUACCAGAAUUAACGAGAAAAUGAUCAGACAACAUACCGCCAUAAACACACGUAAAGCUAAUCAAACUAGAUGGAGUUAAAAACCGUUAUGCUAUUUUUAAGGUUUUUUCUCCCGUGACUUCUUUAUCCAAUAUGCAUCGCUGUAAGAAACAACGACGAAUAAACGUCUUCCGGCGUAUCGGCGAAUCGAUAGCCAUCGUCAGUACACUUCAAUACACUUAUCAUCCCAUGCAGUGCUAUCACCUCGCCAUUCCACCAUCUUAGUGAUGAAGUCCGUGUGGCUGCAGGAUUUGAUUAGGUUUCGUGUUGUUCAAUAAUCUGGUGAUGGCAGAUAAAUCCUAGUAUUGUUUUCUGCGGAAAACGUUAAAUUCCAUUGAAGGAUUUUGUACCCGGCAUGUAAGAUAACGUUAACAACCAAAAACAAAUAAUGAGAAAGAACAAAACGGAUUCCGCCAUUUUUCAGAUUAUGCUUUAUCUCAUUAUGACGUCACUUCUAUGUUUCUUCAUGAACAACACUGUUCUUGGACUCUCAGCUUACAAAGGAAGCUGGGCAGGAGGCAAUGUUUUCUGCCAACUGUUUGCGUACUUCAGCAACUCUUUAGUCUCCUUUGCCAUUUUAGCAGCUACACUGGCAACGUUUGAAAGAAGAUACGCUGUGAUCGAUCCAGACAAACACCUCCAGGUGUUCACCCCCAUUAACACCAAGCUGUUACUGGUCGGUCUCUACAUGCUGUCUGUUCUGCUUUGUGCUGGACCUCUCUAUGGAUGGGGAGAAUACUCCAAUUUUAAAGGAGUUAUGCAGAUUCUGAUAUCGGUUUCUUUGGACGACGAAUCUUUGCAAAACUCGACUUUAAGUAGUAUAUUGUGUCAGCAACGCAAUGGAACGCAGUACAGCAAACUAAAGGACCUGUCCACUCGCGCCAUCAACACACUCCUCCAGGAAUGGCCCCUAACAGUCCGCCGCUCUGAAAUAACGAACUGUAUGGACGGCCGAGUAAUUCUGCAAAUACGAGCCGAGAACACACAGGUAGCCGACAGGCUUCUUGAGGAUAUAAGUUCGAAUUAUUUUGAUGACAUCGUAUUCAAGGGUUAUGUGAAUGAGUCUGAAGGCUUGGGAAGUGGAUUAUCGGUAGAAACUUUCGUGAAUAAAGACGAGUUCCAAGCAUACAGGGAUGCGUACAUCACUUUUCAAAGUAUUGGAGUAUGUUCCUUGGAUUUUUCGCCGACCAAUGCGUAUGUAAUCUCCUCAACAGUGUAUAUACUGUGCACAACGUUGAUAGGACCGCUCGUGGUGAUGGUCAUAAAUUCAUUGGUCAUUCUCAAACGCAUCAAGUGCCCGUAUCAUUCACUUAAUGGUGACGUCAAUUACCUUAAAUCUGUGAAUAUUGGAGGAAUAGUGACGGCAUUGUGUUGUGUUCCAUAUUACAUGAUAAAUUUCAUGAAUAUGCAUAGUAUAGUCAUAAAUAGAACAAUUAAUUUAAUAUGUACCGCAAUGUUUUAUAAUGCGGGGCUCUGCAUUUCACUGGGCUUUUUUAUUGAGUACGUCUCUUACGUGCUCAAAAGAAGGUCCAGGGGACACUCAUUGAUGGAAGCAACUGAACUACAAAGCAUUGGGGAAUCGACUGGCGAUUGUUAGCAAAAGAAGUGAAAUGUCGACCUGACAGAAAUUGAAUUGCUCUCUACAGGGUUGAUCAUGUCCAUAUAAGGCAGCAAACGAACCAUACAAUCUCAGCACGGAAUUUAUUAAUUUGAUGGCGCGUUUUUGUUCAGCCAAACCUUUUUUGAUGAAACAAUAGCCGUUAAUAAGGUUCCAUGCUCCACCGAUUUAAUCUUUUCAUAGCAUCGAACGUAAUUCCGCUCUAUGGCUAAAUGUAAUUAAAGGUUAAAAAUUGCAGUAUUUCGUAUAAUUUAAAUGCAAAUGAUUUCUUUUUCUUUUUUUUUUUUUUUUCUUUUUUUUUUUUUUUUUGCAUUUUAUCAUCCUGGUAUUCUGUGAGUAAACAGAAAUAGUACCAAUCAAUCAAAUUAGCCUUAUUUUUCAAAGAAUUUUAUACUUUAUUAAAAGGAAAAAAAAAUUAAUUGCGUACUGUAAUGAAAAUGUAAUCGAAAUUUUCCAUAAACUGUUUUCUUCAUUUUGCUUUUUUUUUCAAUUUGAUGGAAAGAGUAAUUUUGUAAUUUAAAUUCAAAUUAACGUGAUAAAACAGAUACAAAUUUUUGACAUUAUGUGUAUUUUAUCUUUAUUCGAAAUGUGUUAACAUGUAUUGGCAUCCUGUGUAGUUAUUUGUAAUCACUUUUUUCUCUAGUUUUUAGGGCCAUAAAAUUUAGACGAGCUCAUUAUUGAUUUAAUCUCUCGAGAAUAAAAGUAAUACCGGUAAUUCAAAAAUACAGGGAAAAAGAGGCCAAAAUCAUUUGCGAGUUCAUGAAGUUGUAAAGUAUCUGGUUCUCUGACUAGUCUAAAAUUUGAUAUACAUUCGAAUCAAAUAUUGAACAUUUGAUGGUCACGCAUAGUCACCGAUUUUCUUCAUACUCUUCAGUUUGAUAGACUUUCAUAAUUAAAACAGACUUACACCAUUUUAUUGGUGCUGUGUAGGUUCGUAGCCAUGGUAACCGAGAGUUAAGAUGGCAAAUUGGCAUUGUAAGCUUAUUUGACACUUCAUUUUAAGUAAUGGUAACAAAUUGGGAUUUUUUAAGCAUAUGAAAAAAUGUCAUUUAACAUACUAGGAAAAAUAAGUGGAGAAGUGCAUAUUUUCAAAAGUGUUUAAUAUUUAAUCAAUAAAAUGCUCUCUUUUGUGAUUUAUGCGGGAUAUGAAGGUGGCGACAUUGCAGGAAAAAUACAUAACCAGCGUUAGCGGGUUAUGUAAAUUUUUUCUGCAAUGAUCGCUACCUUUAUAACCCUUAUAACUGUUAAUUUACAUCAGUACGUUAUAUAAAAGAAACAGCCAAAUCGUCCCAAAAGUGAAUUUGAGUGUGACAUCAUCAUGAUUAUUUCGUGCACUCCUUGAUUUUCCUUAGUCGACUAAUCGAUAAACGGGGCGUGUUAAUUGUAUCUAUAGAGUUAUGAAUUAAUGAUAAGUUUUCGGUAGAUGUAAAUAUAUGGUAAAGAAAAAAAGAUUUAAUAUUUUUUUCAUUUAAUUUAAAAUCAAAAUGUCAUUCCUUAAAUUUCCCCAUAACUAUGCAUGGUUGUGCAAUAUACAAUUUUAAAAUGAAAAUUUAGCACCGUUGAUAUGGUAACAAGCUGAAUAAUAAGGAAAAUUCUUAUGAUUCGAGGAAUUUAUUUGUAUAUAUAAAGUAAGAUUUUGAUAUUUGUUAAGGAAAUCCAAGUAUUUCUUAAUAAUUUUACUGCAGCUUGAAAUCCUUAAUUUGCAUGAAACAAAUGCCGUUGAUAUGGAGUUUUUUAAAGUAAGAACUUAUGCUUGAUUUUCCAUGCUAUAUAAAGAAACAGUCCUUUUUUGACAGUGUUGCAUGCUUCCUCCAUUAAAUUAUAAAAAUUUAGGCAGUUUUCACAAGACCAACAGAAAAAAUGACAAAAAUUGAGAAAUCCAUAAUGGCAACCUAUCAAAAUCACCUAUAGCAUUUCAUUUUACCCUUUUUAGCUCACCUGAGCUGAAAGCUCAAGUAAGCUAUUCUGAUCACAUUUUGUCCGUCGUCCGUCUGUCCGUCUGUCUGUCUGUCUGUCCGUCAGUAAACUUUUCACAUUUUGAACUUCUUCUCUAAAACCACUUAACCAAAUUCAACCAAAUUUGGCUCAAAGCAUUCUUAUGGAAAGAUGAAUAUAAAUUGCAGAAAUGAAAGAAAAAUUUUCAUUGAAAGCGGAGAAAACCUCAAAACUGUAAAAAAAAAAAAAAAAAAAAAAAAAAAAAAAAAAAAAAAAAAAAAAAGGGGGGGGUGCAUUUAAAAAAUCUUCAUCUCAAGAACUACUGAGGCAAAUUCAACGUAAUUUAGCAUGAAUAAUUCUUAUGGUAAGGAAAAUAUAAAUUGCAAAAAUUAAGUGCCAAUUCUGUUUCAAAUCUGAGUUAUUACAAAAAUAAUAAUAAAGGAAAGGUGUUUUUCAAUCAGUUUAAUAGCUUCGGGUUCGGCAUCCGGUAAAACUUGGCCUGGGCAAAACAAAAGAUUGGCAGUUAUUAAUCUGCCAAUCGACCAGUAUAUUUGUAUUUGCUGUAAAUAUUGCUGCAAAAUAAUGCGUAUUUGGAAUUGACGAUUGCCGAUCUGCCACGGCUUUUAUUUUGCCACGGCCCGAGUUUGCAUACCCAUUUUACCAAGACUCGUAUUCCAUAAUUCUAAAACGAGGUUCUUUGUUUAAAGCAGCCAUGACACUAUAUGAUAAACGGGUUGAUCUGACAAUGAUGAAUUUGUUUGUUGUGCAACAGUUCGUGUACGAAGGGAAUCUUUGAAACAUGCAAAAUACAUUGGUGCCGAUUUUGUGGAGUAAAUUGAGGCUAAAUAUUUCAAUGCGUUGACAGUUUUCACACAUGAAGUUGGUUUUAUGCUCUCAUAUAUUUUGAUCGCUUUUAUAGUUCUAUAUCUUGCGUAGGAUUUUCUUAUUUUGUGUAAAAACAGUAUUUCAUGACGGUACAAUGUCAAAGAUUAAAAAAGUGUAAAAUUCGAAUACUUUACAAUAAUUAUUUUUUUGUUAUUCUACCGAGGGCCAUAUGGCACAAUAUCUUUUGAACGCCCAUUGUUGCUCAGGUGAGCGAUUUGGCCCCAUGGGCCUCUUGUUUGGCUUUGGUACCAUGGCAACGGUUGUCAAUAUUCAUUUAUAGCAUGUAAAUAUAUAUAUUAUAGACA